GUCGCACAGACACAAACUGAUCGAAAUCAAAUAAACACAAAUUAAUCCGCCCGUCAAAUCAUUUCAUCAAAUUUUUAUUCAGUUCGUAAUCUUUUUUCAAAUAAAAAUUGUUGUAUUCCAAAUGUUGCGACCAAAAACAUUGACACAGAUUCUAAAUCAGGCCAAUACCUCAGGUAUUUCGGCAACAUUAUUAUUUAAUAAAGAUGGUCGUUUACUUGCCUAUUCCGGGUAUGGUGAUAAAGAUGUUCGAAUGAUUGCGGCAAUCGCUAGUGGUAUAUGGGCAUCAUAUUCAAACUAUGGACGUACUCAUAUGGCAUCAAGUCAAUUAUCAUCCAUUUACAUUGAAGCUGAACAUGGUAUGGCUAUGAUUUCGGCCGUUGCCGAUGUACUUCUUUGUCUAUAUUCUCGUGAUUCCUCCGAUAAAGUUAAUAUCGGUCAAAUGAAACAAAAAAUGAAAGCACUCAUUGAACAUUUGGAAAAUCCUUUAUCCCAAUUAUCGGGAAUUUAAACACGUCAACAAAAUUUUGUGAAUAUUAAAUGUUUUAUUAUUAUUAUGUAAUAAGUAAAAUUAAUCCAAUAACAUAACAAGCA